UUUUUGAUAAUAAUUAUAAUAUAUCAUCAUGUAAGUGAACUCUAGAAGUGCAGUGUAAAUGUUUUACAGAAGUGUGUAUAACAAUACACAUGGGCUGUUGAAGAAGAGAAUGAGAGAGCUUGUGCCUGUGAAAUAAGCCUUAUUGCGAGAUGUCAGAAAGAGAUAUGGAGCAAAGGAAGUGUGCAAAGUUACAGUUGACUAAGCUAUUGGAGGAAUGAGAAACGUGUUCGGUCUCUUUUACGAUGCAUCAUUGUUGGAUGCUAAAACAGGUAUCACAAUGAGAGAUUACAACAUCCCUGAAUUGUAGGAAUAUCUCUAAAAGGCUGAGAAUGGACACGAGCCUUUACCAGAAGCCUUGUUUUGGUUGUUGUGCACAGGUGACUUCCCAUCCGAACAAGAAUUCGCUGACGUUCAAUAAGAAUGGAAAUAAAGAGGACAAUUGGAUAGUGAGACAUAAAAGUUCAUUUUGAGUUUACCAAAGGCUGCUCACCCAAUGACAAUGUUAUCUUAAACAUUGUUGUUUUUGUAAAAGGACUCUCAAUUCCAACAAGUCUAUGACCAAGGAAAGGUUUCAAAGCCAUAAUAUUGGGAAUACUUCUAUGAAGAUGCCAUGGAUUUAUUGGCCAAAAUCCCAAGAGUUGCUGCCUUGAUCUACAGACACAAAUAUAAGAAUGGUGAAAUCAUCUCAGCUGAUGACAACUUGGAUUGGGCUGGUAAUUAUGCUCACAUGCUUGGAUAUAACAAAUUUGAGGUUAGAGAAUGUUUGAGAGGAUAUUUAAGCAUUCAUGCUGAUCAUGAAGGAGGUAAUGUGAGUGCACACACAACACAUUUGGUUGGAUCAGCAUUGGCAGAUCCAUAUUUGUCAUAUUCUGCUGGUGUCAAUGGUUUGGCUGGUCCAUUACAUGGUCUUGCAAACUAAGAAGUCCUCAAAUGGCUCUUGGAAAUGAGAGAAGAAUUGGGUGAAAACAUCUCAAACGAAAAAAUCCAAGAUUACGUUCUCACAACCAUCAGAGAAGGAAAGGUCAUCCCAGGAUAUGGUCAUGCUGUUUUGAGAUACACAGAUCCACGUUUCAUCCAUCAAAAGGACUUUGCUGCUAGACACAUCAAGGAUGAUCCCUUGGUUGACUUAGUCAGACAAUGUUAUCAUGUUAUUCCACCUGUUUUGAAGACCAUCGGAAAAAUCUAAAACCCAUGGCCAAAUGUUGAUGCACAUUCAGGAGUCCUCCUUUAUCACUAUGGAAUGAGAGAAUUCUAAUAUUACACUGUCGUUUUCGCAGUCUCAAGAGCAUUAGGAUGUAUGGCCAACCUCAUCUGGUCAAGAGCCUUCGGAUUACCAAUUGAAAGACCAGGAUCAAUUACUAUGAGAUGGAUUGAAGAGAAGUUUGGAGAAAAUUAAAACAUUAAAUGAACAUUUACAUCAUUUCAUAUAUCUAGAAAGAAUAUUCAAUUUUAGUAAUAUUAA